CGGCGCUAACCGUUUGGACGUUCAGUCGACCGACGACACCGCUACUGUCCGUGUUCCGCGCGUAUUCGUGAUGAUAUAAUAUUAUCAUUGUUGCAAUCGAAUAAUAUAAUAUUAUCGUUCGCCGUUUCGUAGUGUGCCCAUCACGGUAAUAACACAUUCGCUGGUGUCUUAUAAAUCGAUCACGUGUGCGCUUUCACGCGUAUAAUAUAAUAUUCGAAUACAUAAUAUAUUUUUUUUUACGAUUUCUCACGUUCUCUAAUUUUUUAUAUCUUAAUACGACUAAAUUCGCCGUUUACCGCCGUAAAAUAUCAAAGUCGAGAUUAUUCGUUUUAUGAAUUCGCGCGCAUCGUCCGCUGCGGUCUGCCGGUGGUAGGUAAGCCGCGCGCGUUGAAUGCGCUUUACAAACGGUUCGUGCGGACACACAUGCUAGAACCGACCGGAGCAGCAAAUAUGACAGUCUUAGCGCUCAACCAUCUGUUGCCGCCGCCUCCGACGCCGUCCGCCAACAACGGCGGUCCGCAACCCCAACAGCAACAGCAGCAGCAACAACAGCAACGGGCGGCUUCCGGAGCUGACGGCAACGGCGCCGACGACUUACAGCAAAACGGCAAGACAUCGCGCAUGAUGACGGUCGCGGCCGCGGCCACAAACAUGUCGACGGCAAUGAUGAUGGGCGGCGGUCCGCCGACAGGCGUCGGCCACCACCACCACCACCAUCACCACCACAACCACCACAGCAACCAAUUACACAACAAUAACAACAACAACAACGACGAUACAGCCAGCAGCCCGCGGUCAUCCGUCGUCGCGGCCGCUCGUCCGUCCGGUCACAUCAAGUUCAGCGUGGCCGCCUUGUUGGCCGACACCAGGCCCGUGCGGUCACCGACGCCCGGUUCCUUGUUCGACGACGACAUGGACACGCCAGACGACGACGAAGACGACCGCAACAGCGUGGAUGUGGAGACACCCGACGGCGGCGUCGCUGUCGGCCGGCGGUGCUCAUCCAGCACGCCGGACCGCGGCCGCUCGCCGAUGCCGCUUCACCCGUCGUCACCGCCGCUGUCGCAUCACCAGCACCACGGCGGCCACCCGUUCCAGCAGCCCGGUGGCUCCAUGGCAGCUCGUGCCGCGUUCAUGAUGUCCGGCGGCGGUGCGUCCGUCACCGGUGGCGGACACCAUCACCAUCCCGUCGCGCCCGUCCGGCCAACGCCGUUCACCGCGUUCGCCGCAGCCGCCGCCGCCGCCUAUUCGGCCGCCGGCAUGCAGCAUCCCGCCGCCCCCGGAGCGUGGCACCCGCAUUACGCCGGUGCGUUCCCCGGCUUCGGUUCCACCGGUCUCAAUUCCGGAUCGCCUGAUUCCAACAACGGCGAACCGCCCAAACUCAAGUGCAACCUGCGAAAGCACAAGCCAAACAGGAAGCCCCGGACGCCGUUCACCACGCAACAGUUGUUGAACCUGGAGAAAAAGUUCCGGGAAAAGCAGUACCUGAGCAUCGCCGAACGGGCAGAGUUUUCCAAUUCGCUUCACCUGACCGAAACACAGGUGAAAAUAUGGUUCCAAAACCGGAGAGCCAAAGCCAAGCGGCUGCAAGAGGCCGAGAUCGAAAAGCUGAAGAUGGCUGCGGUGGCCGCGGCCAGGCCGCACCACCCGCUGUACGGCAACCCGCACCUGCCGCACUACUUCCAACACCCGUCCGAGCUGUUCGGCCACCAGCACCAACUGCAAUCGCUCCUUUCGCACCGGCCCACCAUGGCGCACCUCAUCGCCCAAGGCCUGCAGCAACAGCAGCAACAACAGCAGCAGCAGCAACAACAACAGGGCCCGCCGCCGACGCACCAGCCGGCCGGCGGACAGGUACAGCAAACCCAUCCGCCGUCCGCGCGCUCGUCCAUGUCGCCCGGCGGCCGGCGGUCGGCCACCCCCGCGUCACCAACCCCAUCGAUGGGCGGCGGGGGCCCGGGGUCUACCACGAGCGUCUAGUCCGGACGUGCUCUCGCCCAUGGCAAAACGGUAUUUAAAGACUAUACGCGCCGCGUAUCUAUCUCGUUCUAUUUUAUUAUUAUAUAUAAUAUUAUUAUAAUAUGUUAUUAUAUUGUAUAAACACUAUUCUCUUAUACAAUAAUUAUUAUUAAUAUUAUUAUUAUUACUACUAUCAUUGUACAUGGAAACUAGUCACCUGCAAAAAUAAACGAACCGUCGUCACUGCGCUCGCGAAUGUAUAGACAUAACAAUAAUCAUAAUAUAUGAUAUGCGAGAGAACACGAUAAUCGUCGUCCACCGAUCUAGCUGCCAUCGAAGUAUAUUACUAUCGAUGCUCGUGAUUUUUUUAUUUAAAAAAAAUUAUUGUCUUAACGAGUUCCUACACUUUAUACGCAUAUAUUGUGACACGAUACAACGCCAUCGUAAUUUGUAUACUCGCAGCUGUGCAGGUAUAUGUCGUGCCCUGCCCCGGGCGACCGCCGAGGGAUCGUUUUAAUUUUGUUUUAAAUUUUUUUGACUAUAUUCUGUUUAAACGUAGGCCUACCUAUGAUAAUAUCAUCAUCAUCAUUAUUAUUAUUUACGUGUUGUUUAUUAUUGUGAUAAGACUUUUUUUUCCGCCCCGUCGGAUAUUAUUAUUGCAAUGUACCUACCUAUAUUAUUUUGUUCGGCGGGAACCGCGCGCGCGCAUCAUUUAUACGCAUAUAAUAUUAAUUUUGUUUGUUUGUUGUACAAUUCUUAUAUUUGUUCGCGUAACGUGAAAAUAUAAUA